AUGAAAACUUCCCGAGGUUUCAGUAUCCCAAACAACACGCCCAAAGGACCUUCGGCCGCACUUGUACGCCAAUUUGUAGGUUUGGACCUUGGCACUUCGGGAGCUCGUAUCUCUAUCAUUGAGCCUGCGUUCACAACCACCGAUAGAUCCUACAAGGAAGUUUAUACGCAAGCGGUUCUUUGGAACGAGGGAGCCUACGAUGAUCCAAAGGCAUGGAUGGAAGCGGUGACAUCCUUACUGCAGUCUGCGAACGACGACUUUGGUUUAGAGCGUGUGGCUUCGAUUUGCGUUUCGGGAACCUCGUCCAGCUGCAUUCUGGUAGACGCGGCCGACGGUGGGAAAGUGACACGAUCGCCGGCUCGAAUGUAUGAUUACGAUGUCGUUACUUCCAGCAUCCACACACCCACACAGGAACCAGUAUACGGAGUGCGGGCUCUACAAAAACUACAGCAAUUCGCCCCCGACAAACAUACCUGUCAGAGUCCGACCAGUGCUUUGGCCAAAUUGCUUUCUUGGAACGAAGAAAAACCGCUCACUUCUUCGGAACGUCUUUGUCACCAGUCCGAUUAUAUUUCAAUGAAUCUUCUAUCCAGCAACAAAGCGUGUGGCUCCAAUCACAACAACGUUCAGGUGUACUCCGACUGGCAUAAUUGCCUAAAACUAGGUUACGACGUACGUCAACUAUCCUGGCCGCCGUGGUUGCUCGAUUGUUUGCACGAUGCCGGUCUUGCGCAAUCGGUGUUACCCUUCACCGUGGUCUCUCCUGGUGAACCGAUGGGCACCAUUAGUGCCGACGCAGCCAAGCGUUUCGGUUUGCCCGAACACACGAUCGUGGUUGGAGGAACAACGGAUUCGAACGCGGCCUUUUUUGCCGCGACGGGGACUCGUACAGCGCCCGGCACGGCUGUGACGUCGCUGGGUUCAACUUUGGCCAUGAAGCAACUCUCCGACACCUACGUAGAAGACGCUUCCUGUGGUGUGUAUAGCCAUAGAUUUCCUUCUGUACUUCUUAAUGACACUAUGAGGGAAGCCUGGCUGGUAGGUGGGGCCAGCAACGUUGGUUGUGCUGCUCUUCGCCAACAAGACUUCUCUAAUGAAGACUUGGUGGCAAUAAGCGCCAAAAUCGAUCCUUUCGUCGACAGCAAUCUUUCUUACUAUCCACUGACCAAAAAAGGGGAACGCUUUCCCAUCGCUGACAGCACGAAAGAGCCUGUUUUAGAACCCGUUCCCGAAUCGAGAAACGAGUUUUUGCACGGUAUUCUGCAAGGAAUUGCUGACGUGGAACGGGAUGGAUUUGUCAUUCUCGGAAGUUUGGGCGCCACACCUAGUCGACCAACUCUUGUUUUGACAGCAGGUGGUGGAUCCAAAAAUGACGUUUGGAAUCAGUUGCGACAGCGACGACUUCGAGAAGCUUUUGGUGAUGAUUCGCUGAAAGUUGACAAGGCUGAGAAUGUGGAAGCUGGAUUUGGGGCUGCUGUUUUGGCUGCCGGUGCAUUUUUCUAG